UGAAGUAUUUAAGUUGUGUAUAUAUCACGCUGAGUUGUCAAAUUCAGUUGGUAUUUCCGAGAGAACACUACGGCGUUGGAUUUUUUAUUCUUUAAAUUAAAAAAGUUUUUCUUUAAGUAACACAGCAGUCUUCAUCUAAGAUGUACCGUUUGACCGUUAUUUGUUUAGCGCUUUUGGUGGCCACUGCAGCGGCGACAAAUGUAAGAGAGUGCAAAAACGGUCAACCAUUUCCGCUCAGCGUUGAAGUGGUGAACUGUGCCGAAAUGCCAUGUGAUGUGCCCAAGGGCUCGACGGUGAAGAUGAACGUGCAUUUCUUGGGCAAUCGCGAUAAUAUCAAAACAAUCACGGGUGUAGUGCAUGCCACCACUUUGGGACUGACAGUGCCCUAUCCGCUACCCGAUGAAGUUUCCGAUGUAUGCCGGAAUUUGAUGCAUGGCGCCAUUUGUCCCAUCUAUGAAACCGAGGAUGUCGUAUACAAUUUCAACUUCUUCAUUGACCCCACAUAUCCAGAGGUCAGCGUAAAAGUAGAAUUGGAUUUGGUGGAUGAAAACAAGGAAUCCGUAGCUUGUUUUGUCACCGACGUUAAAGUGCGCAGAGCUAUUAGUUAACGUCUUAAAUUAUAGUGAAAGCCCUUGUAAAUAGUGUAUAUUAGUAUUGUAUAAUUGUAAUUAAUAAAACUAAAUUUUUUAUAUAUAUUCUUAGAGAGAGAUCGUUA